AUGACUGAUGCUGCAGUGGUGUGUAGAGAGCUGGACUGUGGGGAGGCUGUAGCAGUAUUGCUUAAUGCUCAUUUUGGAGAGGGAUCAGGACCAAUCUGGAUGGAUGAUGUGGAAUGCAGUGGAUCAGAGUCUACACUGAAGAACUGUACAUCAACAGAAUGGGGUAAACAUAACUGUCUUCAUUCUGAUGAUGCUGGAGUCAUCUGUUCAGGUCAUGUGACCAGACUAGUUGAUGGAUUUAACUUGUGUUCUGGGAGACUAGAGCUUCUACGUGGAAACCAGUGGGGCACGGUGUGUGAUGCUGCCUUUGACCAGCAGGAUGCAGAGGUUGUGUGUGGAGAGCUGGGCUGUGGGGCUCCUGGAGAAAUUCUGGGAGGAGCAGCUUUUGGCAGAGGGGAGGGCCAUGUGCUGUCAGAUGAAUUUCAGUGUGGAGGAAAUGAAUCUGAGAUUUUCCUUUGUCCAAAAUCACCUUCACAAAACCAAAAUUGUUCUCAUGACAAAGAUGUGGGACUUACAUGCACCGCUUACACAGAGUUCAAACUGGUUGGAGGCCCUGACUCCUGUGCUGGUCGAGUUGAGCUGCGGUACCUGAAUGAGUGGGGCACAGUGUGUGAUGCAUCAUGGGACAUGAGAGCUGCCAGUGUCCUCUGUAGACAGCUGAAUUGUGGGAGUGCUCUGGCCGUCGUGGGAUUAGACUGGUUUGGAGAGGGGAGUGGCCACAUUUGGUCUGAUGUGUUUGAUUGCCAGGGGAAUGAGACCCACCUGUCAGAAUGUGUCAUCUCUUCAUGGAGUCGAGCUUCAUGUUCUCAUGAACAGGAUGUUGGAGUCAUCUGUUCUGAUUCUUCAAAGUCUGUUCAGAAUGGACAGCUGCGGCUGAUUGGAGAGAGAGAAUGUGAGGGAGAGAUUGAGGCUUAUUAUCGUCAGGCCUGGCGGAAAGUUCUGUUGAUUUCUUUUCAUUUUCCUGAAGCAUCUGUGGUCUGCAGACAGUUGGGUUGUGGCUCUGUGGUAAAGUUUUGGAGUUCCCCUCCAUCCAGCGUCAAAGGCGAUGAAAUGUGUGUGACAGAUAUUUCGUGCUCUGGGAGUGAAACUCAUGUAUAUAAAUGCAGAGUCAUUUAUGGCACAGACUGUAGUCGCAGCGAAUAUCCAUCAGUCAUCUGCUCUGGUGAGCUAAACUCAGGCCCCAGGUCCCUCAGGCUGGUGGGUACUGAGAGUGACUGUGCAGGGAGACUGGAGAUUUUCCACAAAGACUCAUGGGGAACAGUUUGUGAUGAUUCCUGGGAUAUUGAGGAUGCCCAGGUUGUGUGCAGACAGCUCCAGUGUGGAGAGGCCCUGAGUGCCCCAGUUCCAGCCUGGUUUGGUCCUGGAACUGGACCCAUAUGGCUGGAUGAGGUGGAGUGCCUGGGGAAUGAGACGUCCCUGUUGAGUUGUUCUUCAAAGAGAUGGGGACAACAUGACUGUGGACACAAUGAGGAUGUGGGAGUGGUGUGUUCAGAGUUCAAAGAGAUCAGACUUACUGAAGGCUGCUCAGGGAACCUGGAGGUAUUUUAUAAUGGGACCUGGGGUAAUGUCUGCAUGAACCAGAUGGACUCAGACACAGCCUCUUUAAUCUGCCAAGAGCUGAACUGUGGAAAGAGUGGCAGUGUUGACUGGGCCAGACCAAGAGUGGCUUCUGCUCCAAACUGGCUUGAUUUAAUGAAAUGCAGACCACAUGACGUCACUCUGUGGCAGUGUCCAUCUUCACCCUGGGGUCAGAAUGAAUGCACUGAUGUGGAAGUGGCUCAAAUUACCUGUUCAGAAGAAAAAAGUUUCAACCCACGAAGUCAUUUGACAUGUUCAGCAUCUACAGCCCAGAGGCCAUGUUCAGACCAUCUACCCCUCAGACUGAUGGGAGGAGAGGACCAGUGCUCUGGGAGGCUGGAGGUUUAUCAUAACGGUACCUGGGGCUCAGUCUGUGAUGAUCUGUGGGACAUGAGGGAUGCUCAGGUGGUGUGCAGGCAGUUGGGCUGUGGUCAGGCACUGAGGACUGAUGUGAGUGUUGUCUUUGGUUAUGGAGGGGACACUGUGUGGCUGAGUAGAGUGGAGUGCAGAGGCAGUGAGUUCCAGCUGUGGGACUGCUCUCUCUCCCUGAAGAACCACACUGACUGUUCCAAAGAGAGACACGCCAAGGUCACCUGUACAGGGAAAAUAAUGACAUCUACUGGUUCCUUACCAACAUCAGGUAAUGUGAUCACCUGUAUGUCCAGCAACAUCUGUUGUUACCUGGCGGACCACAACCUCAAAGACUCUGUCUCCAGCUCCACGUCAUUCUGUUCCCUCGGCGAUAUUCCUGGUUCUAGGAACACUGCUCCUACUGCUGGUGGUGCUUCUGCCCUCUCCAAGAGGAGACACAUGACUGUGUCUGAAGUGGUCUAUGAGGAGAUUCAUGAUAGAUUCAUCACUAAAAGAACCAGUGACACCAGUGUUCAGAGUGGGGGAAAUGAGGAUGAGGUUACACCAGAGGAUUAUGACGAUGUCAAGUCUGUUGGAGAUGUUCAGACUGUUACCAGACGAACCACUCCAUCCCAGACUCAGUCUCCAACUCCAGCUCUUUCUGUUCCCUUGGCGGAGUUCCUGGUUCUAGGAACACUCCUCCUACUGUUGCUGGUGCUUCUGGUUGUGAUAUUUUACCAGAACAGAGCAAUGAGGAGAGGUCAUGUUUUCUCUGAAGGACAGAACUCAAGGAAUGAGAAGGGGGAGGAUCUUCUCUCAGAGAAAACAGAGGAAGAGAUUACACCAGAGGGCUAUGAUGAUGUCGUCUCUGUUGGAAAGAUUCUACAGUAUGUUCAGGGUCAUGUUCUCUCUGAAGGACAGAACCCAGGCUAUGAGAACAUGGGGGAAGAUCUUCUCUCAGCUCUGGAAGACACAUGCAGGAUUGUAUCAUCUGUCAGCAUCACAGCCAGGACCCACACCAGGGCACAUUCAGCACCUGCAUGUGCACCCUACGCUAAGAUAGAGAAACAGUUAAAAACUGAGGAAGCUGAGAAGCUGGCUAUGGAAAAGAUGCAGAGUUAG